GGUUGACCGACAAAUCCGUUCAACCAAUGAAUAAGUGUGUUUUAUUCAGAAGCCGACCUUCUAUUUCGUCAAGGCAGCGUGCUCCCCAGAACAUCUGACACAACAUCUGACAACUGAGCGAUUUUGCUCGAGAUUUUUCCUUUAUUUUUGUUUUCUUUUGCUUUUCUGUUUUGUCAUUUUAACGAAGAAUGGAUUCGUCGUAUAGCGAUCGAAAGAUGGACUCAUCGUAUAGCGAGGACAACUCGCAAAACAACAACUUGAUCGUAAACUACCUGCCUCCAAGUAUGACCGAAGAAGAGAUCGCCAAACUGUUUAGUUCUGUGGGAGAGGUAUGUGAGUGUAAGUUGAUUCGAGACAAAUUGAGCAAGCACAGUAUGGGCUACGCAUUUGUGAAUUUCAAGUCGCCUGAAGAUGCGAAGAAAGCGAUCGGAACUUUGGAUAAGUUGAGAUUACAAGAUAAAACCAUUAAGGUGAGCUACGCGAGACCCUCGUCCUCUGAUAUCAAGAAUGCCAACUUGUAUGUGAGCGGUUUACCCGAGGCGAUGUCCGUGGAUGAACUGGAAGAAAUGUUCAGCAGCUUUGGUGUUAUUAUAACCUCGAAAAUCCUAACUCAUCCGGACGGUAAAAGUCGCGGAGCUGGUUUUAUCCGUUUCGAUAAACAUGCACAAGCUGAAGUUGCCAUACGAAACCUGAACGGCACGAUCCCCGAGGGCGCUAUAAAGCAAAUAACAGUUAAAUUUGCCAACCCGCCACAUGGCAACAAACAGAAGCGAAUACCUGAGGCACAAAUGAUGAGUCCUAAUGGAGGCAAUACCAUGAUCAAUGGCAGAGGUCGAGGCUAUGGUAGUGGCAAUGUUGGUCCAGUGUUUCCACAAGGAACAAGCUAUAGAUAUUCUCCUAUGAGUCCUGUUGCCAGUUCACCAAUGUCAAUGAGCAUAACAUCAUCAAAUCAGAGUAGCUCCUUCAAUGGUACAACAUGGUGUAUAUUUGUAUAUAACUUGCCGCCCGAUUCAGAUGAGAAAAUUCUAUAUGAGCUGUUUGCACCAUAUGGUGCGAUUCUCAAUACCAAGAUUAUCCGGGAUCCAGAGGGAAAACCAAAGGGAUUUGGGUUUGUAAACAUGCCUGAUUAUCAAGCAGCUUUCACAGCUAUUGUUGGUUUAAAUGGUAAACCAAUGGUACAUGGAAGGACACUUCAAGUGUCUUUCAAAACACCAAAGAAUAAGUAAGUUUUUAACUGUGUGACUGCAUUAUUAUGCAGCUUAUGCAAACUGUGUGAUAUUUUAUCUAUAGAGAUACAUAUAUUGAUACAUAGAUAUAUAUAUAAAUUAGAACGUUUUUGGCAAUUUGGAGGAGGCUAGGAGUAUGGAGUUAAUUCUUUGUGUUCCAGACCAACAUUUAUCAACUAUAGUUUCAGUGAAAUAUGGCUGUCUGUUACAUAAUUGUUAAUUCCUAUUUCAGAGAAAGCAUUCAUAGAAAACUACUGACAUUUAAAUUAAUUAAUUUGCCUACAAAAAUACUGCAUGAUGGUCAAGUGUGUAUCACAAUUUGUUUGAGACAAUUUCUGUCUAAGAUGGAAAUUUGUCCUGUUCAAUUUAGUGCUCGUUUAUGUUAUAUUGACAAAUGAAGGAAUGAAUGAAUAUGGUUUCAACUCUAAGGGGUACAAAAUGCCACAAAAGGAAGGACUUAGAAUAGUUGAAUGCUUUUUUAUGUUCCUUAGUACAAUAUUUCACUAGCCAAAAAUUAAUUUUGCUCUCUGCCACUGUUUGAAUCUACUAUAAUUUUUUAUUGGCUGAUUAUAUAUAAUGUGCCACUAACAAAGCAGCAGAAAAUAUUAACUUUGGUCUAAAAUAGAACUUUUUUCCAUUUGGUAAUUUUUUCACAAUCACUAGGAAGUCCCUCUCCAACUUGGCCUUAAUAUUUUAUAAACAUUACAGAAAUGUUGUGUGCACAAAAGUGUAUGCAAAAGCUGUAUUUAAGAAGUAUUGAAUAUUUCAGACAAAUUUAAUGCUCAUAUGGCUUGAUGUUCAAGAGAGGCACAUAUGCCCUUUAGGCCUAUAAAAUUCAUUGUGAGUAAAUAGUUGUUUCACCAAGGAAACUAGUGUAUAGUAUCACAUGAAUUAACACACUGUAAAAUUAUUGUUACCUCUCAGUUAUACUUGUAUUAUUUGGAGUUUUUUUUGCUUUUGCUUAUGUUAACAUUUUGAGUUUUGGUUUUAGAUUAUUCCUUUAAUUUCUUUGAGACUAUAUGUCAGUUGUAAAUUUAUGAUUUGUUAUUGUUUACAUAUUCAUGUAGGCAUUGAUCCUGUUAUUACGUUUUUGUUUUGUUUCUUUUGCUCAUUUAAUUAAAUUUACUUCAAACCAUUUUGAGUUUUAUUUUAUUUUAU